UUAUAGCGAAUCAUUUAAACAAUAUUUUGCAAGAUUGGGGCUUAAGCAAUGAAUCAGUUCAUUGUAUUUUACGCGACAAAGGAUCUAAUAUGAUAAAAGCUAUGAGUACAUCAACUGCAAUUAUGUGUUCGGUCAGCAAUGGAAACCGAAGAAUUUAUCUCGCCAGUGGUUACAAAGUGCAAAAAAAUUGCUACUCACUUCCAUCACUCACUAAUUGCUCAAAAUGAAUUAAAACAAAUUCAAACAGAAAGACUGAACCAAACAGAAUUAUGUAUCGUUCAGGAUUGUUCUACAAGAUGGAAUUCGACUUAUUAUAUGAUGGAAAGAAUACUAUACCGAUUCCUACUGCUGAUGAAUGGCUCGACUUGGAAAAGUGUAUUGCAAUAUUAAAGCCAUUCGAAGAAAUUACAAAGGAGUUCAGUAGUGCAACUGCGACAAUAGCUUCUGUGAUUCCUUUAAUCUAUACUCUUAAAAACACAUUAGAAACAGAAAAGAUUAAAGAAGACACAUCAGAAAACUUUAAAUUAAUGAUUACAAAAAUGGUCCAUAAUAUCAGCGUCAGAUUUCAGGACAUUGAGAAUAAUAAAAUAUAUACAAUAGCUACUUAUCUAGAUCCACGCUACAAGCUCAAGUUUUUCACUGCAAUUACUAAGGAACAAGUACAGACAGAGAUUCUAGGAAUCCUUGGGUGUUCAAGAACUUCUCAUGAUGAAGGUCCUUCAUCACCGAAGAGAUCACGGACUCAGCUGCCAUCAACAAGUUCAUACAUUCAAUCUUGUCUAGCUGAAAUAUUAAGCGCAAGUGACGAAGAAGAACAAAACAUAGGUGGUGAUGAGGAUGAUACAGUACACAAUAAAUUAAUUGUCAAAAAAGCAUUACUAAAUGAAUACAAUAGAGAGAAAAGGUUGACACUCAGUGAAAAUCCACUUUUAUGGUGGAAAAUGCAUACCAAGUACAACAGUUUAAGUGCUUUAGUAAGACAGUACCUCUUGCCGCCGCCUGGCAGUGUACCGAGUGAACAACUUUUCAGUGCUGCUGGGUUAAUUUAUGAUCCUUUAAGAAAUAAACUUUCUGGUGAUAAGGAUACGUGA